AUAUUCUCAACUAACUGUUCAGCGUAGUUGAAUAUAUUAUUUGUUAUUUCACAUGAUACUCUGACUUUGAAACAGACUAAAAACUCAGCAAAGUGAUUGUGUCUAGUGUGACGUGUUGGAAUGAAAUAUAAUUGUUCUACAUUAUCAUCCAUUUUCGAGUGAAGUUUGGAACAAUUAGCACAGACUGUUUUGUUACUUUAGGUUUGUCCCAUCGUCUAAUUUGUUUGUUCUCUAGUUGUUUUAUACUUGUAUUUUGUUAUAUACGUUGUACUAAGAUAUAUAUGAUCAUCAUUAUACAAAUAGAACUAUGACCGAAAAUCUGUACCUUGUUGGAAUCUGCAUAAUAGUUGUGAACAGUAGUAGAUCGGAGAUAAAAUGGCCUGUAAUUCGUAACAGUAGUGCAGACGCAUUUAUUCUUUAGCGCCUUUUAAAUAUUUGACUUCAAGAAUAUCCUAUUUUUAUUCGUCUCUUAUUUUUGAGUCAAUUUUUAAUCUUUAACAAACUUGGUCAUUCAGUGCUUAGGAACUUAGGGAAGAUAAAAGGUGAAUGCGUCUGCGCCAUUGCCAAUGAUUUUCACCCAUGUCACCCAAAGUCUUUAGCCAUUGGUUUCAAUAAUCACAUGGGCCCCAACUAAGUAACCUUAACUUAGUCUAGUAGUUAAUGAUUUCAUGGUCUAAAGCCACAUCUUGGUUUUUUCACUCCUGGCCUCCUCUCAACCUAUAUUUACACCAAUCAACAUUGCCUGCUGAUGUAUUCAGCAGUUAGGCAUGUGUAAUACAUAUCCCAACCACUUCAGUCAACAAAUACUCACCACCUUGUCAACUGGCUUGCUAUCUUAUUCUGGUACCGUUUACCUAACUUCAGCAUUGCUAAUUAGGUGGUCUCAAAAUGCACAAGUGGUGCUUCGGAGACGCCUGUGAUCGAGUACUAGUAGCCAACGAAUAUCCUCUAUUCUUAAAAGCUGUUUUACAUGCAUAAGAUAAAAUGGAGUACAGUUAAACAGUGAACUCGUCCUUUGUUUUUCAGUUGACUAUGUUGACUACACUAGCAUAGGUUGACAAACACCAUCUGAGUAUUUUGAAUCCAUGCCGAGAUUUGGUCAGGCAUCAGGAUUGAUGAGACUCCCAAUAUAAGUGAAGCAGUCGAAGCACUCAAUCAGCUCACUCUGUCACUAAUCUUGGACAUGAUGCAGACUGGUUCUAAGACAAUAUUUUGCAUUAUGAGGGAGAGAAUCCCAUCCGAAACACUUCCACUGUUGCUUAAGGUGACCAGGAGACUGCCAAACUUUGUUUUUGGGUUUAAUUUACAUGGCGUGGGCAUAUUUCCGAAAUGAGAGAAUGAAGGCUCUUAUCGACUUGUUGUGUUCAACCUAUUUGACCUACAGACAUGGAUACAACGCAAACCACCGUAAAGAAGGAAUACAAAGAGCAAAGAAAACGAAGGUUGUUAUCAAACAGUAAAAUGUAUCAGGUGGUUGAGGGUGGUCGACAGGAAACCCUGGACCUUGGUCUCGCACUAUUCAAGAUUAGUCAGCAAGAUGUCCAUGUAAUCUCAAGGAAACUUGUAUUUUCUACAGGAUUUGAACCUCCACCCAGCUUCACAGUUUGAGGCGUUACCGUUAAGCUAUUCGGGCUACGACUGACACCCUAUAAAACUAAGAUAUUUACAACUGGUUGACCACUGGAUAGUGACUAACAUUAUGUAUAUCUAGUCCUUAUUAGUGCUGAUAGAAUCCCAUUGGUCAAGUUUCAAUAUAGCUACUAAUCCAGGUGACUCAAAAUCGCGUGCAGAUUGUUGAGAGGUUAAUAAUUGAAGGUAAUCGACGGGAAACCCUAGACCUGAGUUUCGUGCUGCUUCGGUUUUACUAACAAGGUGUACCUGUAAUCGUGAGAACAAUGUUGCUAACUGUGUAGUGAUCAGUCAGUUGUAUUUAAAAAGUGAAAUACGGUACGAAAAACAAACGAAAAGAUUUUACAGUUCAACAGUAAUGGCACAAAAUAUAGUCAAACAGGUUACAAUAUAAUUAAAUCCCGCUAUUCCUUCACAUACACCUUCCUACUUCGUUCUUCCAAACAAUAUUCGGUCUUUUAUUAUCAUUCCUACUACUUUAUUUCGACUUUCGCUCUUAUCACGUUUUAUUUUCAUCUGGUCAUGCUAAUACAGUGUGGUAACUUGGACUGCGGAACAUUUGUUCCCGACUUUAUGCUGAUUAUAGUUAUUGACUGGUAGUAUUACACAAACCCGCAUCCCUCCCAGAUGAUUGUGUGUUAAUUUUGAAUUACUAGCAUUGAAGGAGGUCCACUUAUCGACUUAAAAUACGCAGAUGAUAUAGUCCUGUUUGGCGAAGAUGCUGAUAAAAUGCAGUCUUUUGGUAGCACUGAGCAACAAUGCCAGGAUGUUUGGAAUGCGCUUCUCCCCCUCGAAAUGCAAGUUAUUGCUCCAGGAUUGGACUGCAUCAACACCUCGACUAAGGAUACGGAGUGAAGUAGCCGAACGCGUCGACAACUUCACUUAUUUUGGAAGUCUGAUCAGCCCAAAUGGGUUAGUGUUUGGUGAAAUUUGUGCACGGAUGCGAAAAGCUCGUUUGACUUUUGCCAACAUACGUCAUCUAUAGCGGAGGCGAGAUAUCGAUCUUUCAAUUUGGGGACGGGUAUACUGUGUGACAGUUUGUUCUGUUUUGCUUCACGGCUGCGAAAUGUGGCCAUUAAGAAUAUAAGAUACUCAUAGGCUACUAGUAUUUGACUGCAGAUGCCUUAGAAAUAUUGCUGACAUCUGCUGGGAUCAUCGGGUGAGUAAUAGUGAGGUUAGACGCAUGGUAUUAGGGAAUGAUGGUAGGUUAGUUGAUGAGGUUGUGAAUUUUCAUCGACUGAGAUGGUUGAGUCAUGUGUUGCUUAUGCGUAAACACCGAUUACCACGACGGGUAAUUUUGACUGGUGUUAUGGAUGGUUGGAAGAUAGUUAGGAGCGGCCAGACCAAUACGUGGCAUCAGUGCUUGAAGUCACUGACUUCUAAUCUGAGCCAUGUUGGUAGAUGCAAAAUACUUAGUUAGGGUCCGCGCGACUAUUUGUAACCAAUGGUUGGAGACUGUUACGUGGCUGAGAAUCGAUCACAAUGGCGUCGGUGUAUACACUUCCUGUCUUCUUGUAAACUAAGAGAUUAAAAUCGCUCUAUUUCUUUCUUCCUGUACGGUGUCCUUAUAUGCAAUCUUUCUUUUAUAUAUUACCACCAUUGAAUUAACAACUUCUAUGAAUUGUGUGUUGAUAUUGCUGUGCUAAUGCAGUAUAGCAACUUGAACCGAUGCACAUAUGUGCCUGAUCCUACGUUGUAGCUGAAUGAGUUUAUAAGUUGAAUACCAGGCGUACCAACUAGUCCAUAUUCACCGAAAUGUCCAACUGUUACGUGAGAUCGCACUGUUUACAAUAUUUUUCUUGUAUUUGGUUUUAAAAAGUUUUAGAAAAUCCGAUAUGCUUAAAAUGUUUCACUAAACGUUAAUAUUAUUUAGAUAAUUAUCAGCUGUGCACCAGUGCAUUUUAUUACUAAGAAAUAUAAAAAGACAUGUUAAAGAGAUUAACAAGGUACGGGUAAAUCUUUCAGUAGUAUGAUAAUCUCAAUAAUUAGCUUGUUUGUACAAAGUCUAUUUAUUCAACCAAGAACUAUCAAUCAUUUUGCUGGACUGCAUACAUCAUCAAUUACCAUGGCAGAACCUUUAAAAAAGAAGAAAAGAGUCGGCCUAGCUGAUAGCCAAAUUCAAGUAACUAGAAAAGUUAGAAGAAUUGAAAAAGAAAUCAAACGACUUAAUCGUCUCGAUCGAAUAUUAAGACCAAUUGAAGAAAUUGAAGGAGAUCGUCAAUUAAAGAAAGAAAUAAAAUUACGUCAACGUCCAUCAAUAGAUAUUAGUGAAACGGAAUUAGAUGAACGAAUAGGUAUUUGGAAGAAUUGGACACGUUAUCAAAGAAAUGUAGCACACAAUGAAAUGAUCAUGUAUAAUUCAGCUAUUACUGCUCAACAGAAUGCUUUAAAAUGGUUAUACAAAACAUCUCCCAAUUUAUACAAAGCAGCUAUUCAACCUUGUCCUGAAUUAAUUCAAUCAUCAGAAUUAUCAAAUGAUGAUAAUUUAGGAUUAGUAACAAAAGAAAAUGAAAUGAAUUAUUUAACAUUAAUAGGUCCAUAUAUGACUGCACCAAAAUUACACGGGGAAUUUAUUGACUCGACUGAAGAAUAUGAACCACCAGAUGGUGAACAAAUUGAUACAACAAUUCAAUUAACUUAUGAAUUUGAAAUUGAACCACAAUUAUUAGCUCAACCAAAGAAGAGAAAGUUUAUGUUUACAAAAAAAUGA